AUGGGGACCGGAGGAUAUCUUCAAGAUAUCUGCAGAACCUACCAUGGAUACUGGAAUGCUCAAAUCAUCAUGAUCGAGGCUCUCCCUGGCGACGUGGUUUCGAAGCCAACAACCGUGCAGACGUUCUUCUAUGGGCUCAAGCCCAGAUACCCUCCUGGACAUGGGCGCACCCUCUACGCGAACUCGAGCAUCGCCGAGCGGCUGGGCGCCGAGGUGCCUCACACCACGGGGGACGACCGGCGGGUCUGGGUGCCCAUGACGAAGCACGUGGCACGACGUAUCGAGCAGAGGUAUCCGAAAUGGUUCAGCUUCCUCCGCUCACACCGCAAGGGCCGCUACUCAAGCAAGCUCGGCUCCUGUGGGACUAGCGACAGCGAGAAGGAAAACAGUCCAGAGGAGGCCCUGCAAGGAAUCUGGUGGUGGUAUCUGACUUCGCAUCCGCAUUCUGGCACUCGACACUAUGGCACUCUCUUCAAGGAAACGCAGCUGGGGGCGAAUGCAGAAGAGUGGCAGACGCUCAUGAAUGAUCCGGCCGCUACCAUUGUGAGAUUUGGUGGCAGUUUUUGA